AUGCACUUCUACCUCGCCACGAUAGCUGUCUUUGCGGCUGGGGCGCUCGCCUCCCCAUUCGGUCCCCUUGUCUCGGAUUUCAAUGUCCCAACAGGCACCAAAGAGCGCCGGGCCGACACCUGGGGCGGCUCUGUGUCACUAGGCCCCACAAAGAGCACCAUCACCAAGGCAGUAACAACACUUAUUCCUGGCCCAGCGCCCCCCACACAGAAUGGCGUGCUGUUCCUUUGGCCCGGCAUGUCCAACGGCACAGGUGACCUUGUCCAGACAACACUUGAGUCCUGGCCCGAUAACUCCUGGUGCGGCGCCACCGCCGGCCAAUGGUGCGUCCGCGCGUCCCUCUUUGGCUCGUUCGGCCAGCUCGACGGCACUGCUUCGCCCGUCUCGGGUACGACCAAGGUCAAGAUCGUCUAUGAGCUCCAGAGCGACGGCCAGACGUGGACGCAAACUGUGACGAAUGCCGACACCGGGGCGGCCCUGAGCAGUUUCAGUUACAAGUCUGGCCCAUAUAUGAGGGGCUACGGUACAGGAACAGAAUGUAACGAUAAUUGUUCUGGAACUAUUGCGGCGCAGAAGUACCUUAAUACUGUCAUCACGUUGGCUGGUGCAGAUACCACUUUCGGCAACACUAUUGCUACUGCAGCAGGAGCGACAUACACAGGCUUAACGUCAAGCAGUGGGGGAAAGGUUUGGACCAUUUCUGAGAUCGACAUUCCGGCCAUGGUCUGA